AUGGAGCCAGAUUCUUCCUCGCUGUUCUGCUCACUGAAGCAAACACCCGGGCACAAUGUCACCGUGUGGGCGAACAUCGCCUGCUGGCUCACCGACGGCUGCAAGGCCGGGGCCAUCCCAGUGCCAACUGUGAGCUCCGUCCCCAACGGCCGGCAGUGCCUGUCGUUCUUCAAAAUGGGGGCAGAUGGCUGGCAGGAGAAGGAGAAGGAGCUCUUGGCCUGCACCGGCGCCGAGGACCAUUGUGUUGAGGAAUCUGGGAUAUUAACACUGGGUGGCAUCACCGCGAUGAAAGCUGUGGCUGGAUGUGGCUCCCCUGGCGCUUGCAUGAAGAGAGUGGGGGAGCGGAAAUACAUCCAGGGCGUGGUGGAGUGGCAGAUCCAGAGCGAGUGCUACCCAGCUCCCAGGGCUGGCGGGGGCAUCGGGGAGCCCCGAGCCCUGGCCUGGCGUCCUCCCCUUCUCCUGAUUCAAGAUAAGCUGAUGUACCCCCUGGAAGACCUGUGUGUACCCCUGGAGUACACGGACCCCUGGCUGAGAACCACAGAUCUCCACUAA